AUGAUUAUUAGCGCAACACUCAUCACGGGUGAUUCCUCAGAAUUAGCAAUUUCCAAAAUUGCUGACGAAAAGGAAGCACUUAAGACGGCUCUUAACCCGCCCUCCCUUCGCGCGCUGCACGUGCUUUGUUUUCCUGGCCACUCGAACUCCCGUCUGCGGGAUUGGCUUCGGACGCCACGUGCCCCCCGACCGUAUCCGCCCCUGGCCUUUGCGAGCCUUUAUCAACGGCAGCCGCCCCCGCCUGAGACCGCCACUUCCCCCCGAGUCCUUCAACAGGCACGCGGCCCAUCCGCGCACCGACGUCGCGGCAGUUGGCGGCUUCCUCGGCGGAAGGCCGUCCUCUCCGUCUCCCCGGCGGGCGUCGCGCGAGGUGACGGCGCCCCCAAGGCGUCGCGGGGCCUUGCGGCUCGGCGAGACCGCCUCCGCCUCGCGGCCGCACGAUGCCCCGAUAAAAUCGCACUUCGCAGUAAAAGGGACCGUUGCGCUCCCGCCGUGUCGCCGCGCGUUGGCCCCGCGCGGUCGCGCCCUCUCGGGGUUUCCCGCCAAGAUCCUCGCGACCGUGUGGGGAGUUUCGGGAACACACACCCGCGGCCCGCGCGCAGGCACGUCAGCCCCACGAGCUCCCCCGACCCCGCGCGAGACCCGAAAGGACCGCCCGCCCAUUCGACGGCAAAGCCGCUUGGAAGCAGGACGCCUUCAACCCAGCCAACGCCGCACCGUGGUGCCCGGAAGCGUGACCCAGCGGCGGCCCCGCAGUCCCCUCCUUGA